ACCGCCUGCUGCCGCCGCUGUCGAGAUGUCCGCCCGCCGCACGCUCUUGCUCCUCUUCGCUGCCGCCGUUCAGGCGGUGCCGACACCGACGGGGCUGCUCCCCGUCCCCAGCACCAAGCUGGAGCCGCCGCCAAUCCCUCAAUCGGCCGGCGACUUCAGCUGGGAAGACGUGAUCCCAAAGAUACCCGAUUCCGACGAGAUGGGCAUUCCCAAAUGGGGCGACGAGCCCAGCGAAGAGCUGCAGCCGCCCCCGGUCGGUGUCUCCGUCGGUUUCCAGCUGAACGACAAAGACUCUGCAAAGCCCAUCGACAUUGAAGUGAAGUACAAAGAACAGAAGCUGUCUGCACCAGACAGCAAGCAGGCCCAUCUGAAAGCCACUGUCCAACAGUUCCCCAAGAAGUACAGGCCCGACCUGCACAAAGCUGAGGGUGGUGCCAAGAAGAACCUGAGUCCAAAACCAGCAGUGCCAGAGCAGGAGCCUGCAGAAUCUAGCUUUUCUGCUGUUGUUGCGGAUGCAGGCACACAAAACUUGGGUGAUGAACACUUGAGUAAUACUGUUCAUCUCAGCAGUGGAGGAGAUCGAGUUGAAUUUCAGAUGCAUGGUCAAAAUGGACCAAACUCCUACAAAUUUGGAUUUGACACAGGCAAUGUGCACAACAGACUGAUCCGAUAUGAGGAGCGUGAUGCACAUGGCAAUGUGAAAGGGCAUUAUGGAUUCUAUGACAAAAGUGGUAAACUGCAUAUAGUCAAUUACUCUGCUGAUCCCCAUACAGGGUACCAUGCACAGCCUGGAGUUGUUGGAUAAUAUGAUCUCAUUAACAACAAAUACCACAGGAAAACAGUGUGCCAGCAAAUUUGGAGUUGUGGUCUGUUACUAUACUCAAGCUGAUGGUGCUCGUAAUACCCAGCAUAAUUGUGAAAUAUUUAUUUCUCAAGUGUUUUGCAAAAUCUUGCUGAUAUUCUCCCCAACAAAACUUAUAAUCAGUGGUCCAUUUAGUAUUUUACUGCAAAAGUUUUAAGGCCAGUUGUAAUACAGGUUGUCUGAUUCAGGACA